AUGGUGUGGGGUGGCAACGACAAUGCGGUCCAGAAAUGGAUCAAGCAACUUCAAGACAACGACCCUUCAUUGAAAACACUGCACAUUAUGAGCAUGCGACGUCUUUCGCAAUCGGAUUUCCAGUCGAUCUUUGGAGCACUUGCGCACAACACGACACUGAAAGAGUUGUAUUGCUCAGGACAUGCUUUGGAUAUCGAGACAAUGGAACAGCUGAGCGAGGCGCUUACACUGAAUGAUACAUUGGAAAGUCUCAACAUUGGAACACCAAGUUUGGGCGAGAACAAGCAACUUUUAUCCAUCUUUUGUGAAGGAUUGGCUGUGAAUGAAGGACUACAACAUCUUGAUUUGGAAAACAAGGGACUCGACAACGAUGCUAUUGCUUUGCUUGCCGACAGCCUCGUCAAGAAUGAAACAUUACGCUCACUCAACCUUGCACGCAACAACAUGACGGAUGAGAUCAUUGAAAAGUUGAAUGAAGGUCUACGUGGAUUGGAGCGAUUGAACCUUGCUGAUAACGCUAUUGGUGCUCAAGGAGCUCGAGCCUUACAGUUGCAUCAAUUGCAGGAACUUGACUUUUCGAAUAAUCCAUUGAUGGAAGGUGCCAGUGAUCUUGCCGCCAAACUUGAAGACAACCAUCAUCUCACAUCUCUCAAAUUGGUCAACAUCACAACAACGACACAGGACGAACCACAGGAAGAUGAUACAACAACACCCGCUUGUUCUGAACACGGCAAUGCAUUGAUCCAUCAAUUGGCAACAGCAAUGAAAUCCAAUCGUACGCUUACACACUUGUGGGUCGACCAGAAUGGUAUCGAAUCAUCAGCCGUCGAAUGGAAGGAUUUGUGCAAGGGCAAUUUGAUUGAAUUGAGAAUGCGUGAUAAUAAGAUCGAUGAUCAAGGUGCAGCCUCCUUGGCCGAGGGUAUCAUGCAAGACAACAACAACAAGUGCACAUUGGAGCAUCUUGACUUGGGAUCCAAUACCAUUGGUUAUGAAGGUUUUGGUGCUCUGCUCAAUACAUCCAUUCGACACUUGGGAUUAUUCAACAACAACGUGAAUGGUUUCCCAGAGUCGUUGCCAGGUUUGGAAGAGAGCGGUGUUGAGGCUUUGGAUAUCGGAUGCAACAAUAUCUCGAUCACGGAUCUGGAAGGCAUUGUAGCGGUACUUGCACAACAAGGAGUGCCUCGUUUACGACUCUUGGAAAUGGGAGGCAAUGCAAAAGAACAAGACAUGGAGGCUUGGGAAUCGGCUAUUGCCAAGUUGCAGGAAGCACGCGCUGAAAUUCAAGUCGCAUGGAAACGAUUCAUGGAACAACAACAAUAA